GGACGAUGAUGACAUCAACGACGUGGCCUCCAUGGCCGGGGUGAACCUGAACGAGGAGAGCGCCAGAAUACUCGCCACCAACUCUGAGCUGGUGGGAACGCACAUCCGCUCGUGUAAAGACGAAGCCUUCCUCCAUCCGGGACUGCUCCAUCGACGAAUCCUGGAAACAGCUAAGAAGUUUGGGGUCACAGAGGUCCCGAUGGAGGCGGUCACGUUCAUCUCACACGCCGCACAAUCACGACUUCGAACUGUCGUAGAGAAGGUUUCCAGCAUCGCUCAGCAGCGACUGGACUCCUGUAAGGACGAAGAGGGCUACGAGCAGUCUGCAGACGUUCGCUCUCAGCUGCGCUUCUUCGAGCAGCUGGAGAGGAUGGAGAAGCAGAGGAAGGACGAGCAGGAGAGAGAGAUCCUGCUGAAGGCCGCCAAAACACGGCGUUAUGAUCUGCCACCCGGCUACUUUCAAAACUGGAGAUACCGCGAUAAGAUGGGGUCCAAAGAGUUUAACCGCCGGGCUGUUAUUUGA